CUUCAUUUAUCAUAUCAUAUUAUGAUUAUAAAAGAUGCCCGUCACUUAAUUUUACAAUUGGCUAAUUUAUAAAAUUAAAAUUUUAUGCUAAAAAUCAUCACACGAUUAUUAUUAAAACGACUUAAAAUUAAUGAAAAAUUCGCCAUGGGAACCUUUCUUGAUAAACCAUCGACUGAAAAAUACAAUGAACAUGGGGAUAAUAAAACUAUAAAAUAUGGUAUCAGUACAAUGCAAGGCUGGAGAGUCAGGAUGGAAGAUUCACAUUGUGCUUGUUUGGGUCUACCCAAUGGGUUGAAUGAUUGGGCCUUUUUUGGUUUGUUUGAUGGUCAUGCUGGGGGAUUUGUUUCAUCUUAUUUAGCUGAAAAUCUUCUUAAUUCUAUACUUGAAUGCAAAGAAUUAAAAGAAUCUAUUGAAAGAGAUCCAAAAAAUAUAGAUUAUAGUUUAUUAGAAAAAUCAAUAAAAGAUGCAUUUUUACAAAUUGACGAAAAACUUAAAACAUUCCCAAAAUUAGAAAAAGGGGAAGAUAAAAGUGGAUCAACUGCUGUUGCAGUGAUAAUUUCACCUACACAUUUUAUAUUUAUAAAUUGUGGUGAUUCCAGGGCAGUUUUAUCCAGAAGUAAUGCAUGUUUUUACAGUACUGAUGAUCAUAAACCUUCAAAACCAAAUGAAAAAGCUCGCAUAAUUAAAGCUGGUGGAUCUGUGCUGAUACAACGUGUUAAUGGGUCUUUAGCUGUUUCACGCGCAUUAGGAGAUUUUGAUUAUAAAAACAAUUCUGGUAAACAUCCAUUUGAUCAACUAGUCUCACCUGAACCUGAUAUUCGUAUAGAGUUGAGAGAUCCCACAAAAGAUGAAUUUAUUAUAUUAGCAUGUGAUGGAAUUUGGGAUGUUAUGAGUUCUGAUGAUAUAUGUAAAUAUGUUAGAAAUAGGCUAGAAGUUUGUGACAAUCUUGAAAGUGUGUGUAAUCAAGUUGUGGACACUUGCCUACAAAAAGGAAGUCGUGAUAACAUGAGCAUAAUUUUAGUCACCCUUGAUGCUUCACCACAAUUAAAUUCAAAAGCUAUAGAAGAUGAUACAAAAUUAAAUCAAAGUAUUGAUUUAAAAAUAAAAGAAAUAUGUGAAACAAAUCCAACAGCAAACAUGUCAUUUAUACUGCAAGAAUUAGAGCGUCAGGAAUAUGAGUAUCCACCUGGAGGUGGGAUAUCCUCAAAACAUCAAAUAAUCCAAACAUCGUUCAAUCAACAUUCUAUAUCUUCCAACACAACCGCAGCUACAGAAAAAGAAAAAGUGGAAUCUUCAUGACCAAAUUCUCAUCAAACCAAUUUUAUUAACAAAACAUUUGUAACCAAUUAUUCUUAUACACAUAAAUAACAUCAUUUUGUAUCAAAAUUUACCCACAAAGGUUAUUUGCUUGCACUAAAUUUUGACAUGGGGGAUGUAAAUUGUUUAAUCUUGUAGAUAUUAAUACGUGUUAAAUUAUAAUUCCCAAAAUUGAAAUAUAUUUUUUUACAUUUAUUUCUGUAAUGUUAUUUAUAUAUAUAUAUACCAACAGUUUUUAUUUUUUGAACCAGACAAAAUAUUUAAAUAAAAAAAAGAAUUAUUUUGA